GGCAGAGGAAGGAGAAGGCCCGCUGGCGCAGCUCCCGCAGGAGACACUACGCCGAGAUUCUCGCGGUAGAGAACGUCCUCCGCAUCGAAUCGGUGAGCUACUGUCGGCAGCACAGGCAAGGAGUGGUCCAAAAGCAGACAUUGAUGGCCCUGCUUGCAGCGCUUCAGUAUCCAUACGACAAGAAAAUAUACCUGGACAUCGACAUCAUCAGCUCACUUGUCGAUGUUCCACAAUGGAUUCUUUGGGUGAAGGACCGGCUGGGCGAACCGCUGCACGAGGAGACCGAGCUGGACGACGAGUCGGUGUCGCUGUCCGAGAAGGUGGCCAAGCCGCUCAACGAGCGCCUCAUGGACCUGUUCGAGCACGAGUGCUACGAGGUGAUCAUCACCAACACCACGCUGGCCUUCGUGCUGCUCCUGGUGGGUCUGCUGCGCGCCGCCAUCUACAGCAACGAGCGGUACUUCACGAUCGUCAUGCUUGUGGAGUUUCUGUACCAGACGGCGUUCUUCGUCGAGGUCGCCACCAUGCUGUCGGCGUACGGCCAGAAGGUCGUCAACUUGGAUAACUACAACAAGCUGGACCUGAUUCUAAUGGCGUCGUGCAUGGCGGUGCUCUUUGUGCAUGUGCUCGUGCAUGUGGUCGGUCUGGGCGUGAGGCACGAGCAGAUGCUCUGCAUCCUCUUCAUCGUGGUCAUCUCCGCCCGCUUCACGCACGCCAUCAAAUACGUCGAGCUGCUUCUGGUCCAGUGUGCGGAGCGGAUCCACAGGGCGCUGGACACUGUCAUCUACUCGGCGUACGAAGCGGGCCACGCCAUCGUCAUCGGCGAGGAGGAGGUCCAGAGGAACGUCUGGAAGUUCGUCGAGUCGGCCGACAUUGCCAUGGAGAUCCGCGGCCGCGCCACUCUCAACCGGCUGCUCGUCCUCCAGAAGCUCGCGGAGGUGCAGUCUCGCUUCCCGGGAAUAAUGGUUUCGUUCCGGAGCCGCCAGGCCAGCGCCACCAUCCUGAACGACCUGACCAAGCAGAUCAACGAGAUGCAGUGCGACGGCGUUGUCGAUUCCGAAGACUACAAGUGGCUGCGCUUGGCUGUCAAGGACCGGCGCAUGUACAUCCUGUCCGAGGCAUGUAGCUUGCCCACCAGCUACAAACCGAUCGCCAUGCUCCGGGUCAUUCCGUGGAUCAACUCGGACAGCAUUCGGCAAUUUCUAGCGAUCAAGAUCAAACCGGUGUCCUUUGCUCCAACCGAAGUCAUCGUGGAGAGGAAGGAAGAGAAUGAUAUCAUACUGACCUAUUCAGGCAUAUUGAAGAUAGAGGGCGAGUACGAGGAGGUUGGCGACGGGGCGCUGCCCAACUCGGCGUCGACGCUGUUCUUCUUCAACGAGGGCUACUUCGUCGACUACGUGCCCGCGCCUGCAUGCAUCGGCGACCUCGGCCUCGUCACCGAAGAGCCUUCGAUCACGCGAGUCGUUGCCGAGACGCAGGUCAACGCCUAUAUGAUACCAAGAGAGCGAGUGAUUGAAGCUAUAGGAAUCUUCACAAACGCACCGAGUUUUCUUUACGACAUCUGGGCGUACAUUGCGAGAAAUAUAGGACUCUUGGUUCUUCAAACGCAUCCCAAGUACCAGACAUGGCCGCUUGAGAAGAUCCAGCGCCGCUUGGACUCGUUCCUGAUGCCCAACCUGGAGAUAGCGACCAAGUUCAUACUGACGCCCGACAUCCACGACGCCAUUCUGAUCCAGGGCGUCGCUAUCGAUAGCGAGACGCAGGAGUACCUGGUCGGACCCAUGUACGUGCCUCGCACCACUCGCAGGCUCAGCUUCCCUGGAAUCUUUCACCACCGGGUGAGGCCAGUGGUGAUAGUGAUGGCCGACAAGCGCUAUCGCUUGCCAGCCGAGAUUGACUGGUUGCAGCCCACCGAAGGCGGUGAUAAAAACUACGACGAAUACAUGAACCAGGAGUUCGGACAGGAGCAGAUGUACAUCCAGGAGGACUACUGACCUGUACUGACCUGCUCCGGAUGGUUCGCCCGUUAGAAGCCGGCGUCAUCUGCGCCUUCGUGAAGCGCCUGUAAAUAACGUUCAGCGAAAAUGUACACCGCGGAAAUUCGCGAAACGAAACGUCGGCGGUUACCCCAGAGUGCGCAUUUUGUGUGUGUGUGUGUGUGUGUGCGCGCGCGCGCGAUGAUUUUCACAAGCCAAAUGAAAGCGAGUCAGUGAACUCGAGGGCUUGAAACUUAAUUCGUUUUUCACUGUUUAUUUCUGGUGGUCAUUGCGCUUCGAGUUCUAUUUGAUUGUAUUCGACGAUCGGUUAUCUAUAUAGCGAGAAAGCACGACGGUAUACGUUCAUCAAGCACGCCGUGAGGCACUCGUUGGAGUGAGUAGUGGAACGCGUUCAGCAAAAUGUGUCGAAAUAAAGCCGAAGUGUACCUGAAA